CCCAAACCAUGGGAUCAAUGGAGCCGGAGUCGGAUCCGGCCCAAGACAUCCAUACAUCGAAAACGCCCCCGGCGCACGUUAGCGCUCACCCUCUUUGCUUCUGGGUCCUUCGAUCGUUCCCCCCUUUAUCUUUCCAACCUUCUCUGGAGUCACCAGAUCUACAAUUUCUCAACGCUCCCCCUCUGCCCGGCUCGGUUCCUGCGUGUAUAUAUUCGUACCUGCCGAUUUCUCAGAUCUGGAAUCCGUUUUCUUUGCGCUCCUCGAAUCUGCGGUCGAUUUCGGCGGUUUUGAUCGAUUCAACCGAUUUCUCGAUAUUUUUUGCAUCGAUUAAGAUUUCAGGUUCUCGAGAUCUGUGAUCAGGUUGGAGCAUUCAUAGAGGGAUGGCUAGAUAUAAGAGCGAAGAAUAUGAGGGAUUGGAGUAUUUGGAACUUCGGAAACGGUUAAAAGAAGAGAUUAGAAAUAAAAUGAAGAGAGAGUCGGGGACUGCUAGCAGCUCCCGCAAUAUCAAGGGUUCUUCGUCCAAAGAUAAUUUCGGCUCUUUCUUUGGACCAUCACAGCCAUUUAUAGCUCAAAGAGUAAUUGAAGAAAGCAAGGCCUUACUUGAGAAUCCUGAUCUGACAGCUAAGGUUAUGAGGGGAAUUAAUUCGAACUCUAAGCCUCAUGAUUCAAACUCUGUUAGACCAAAUGUCAGUACCAUUAGCAAUGCACCAAAAGUUUCCAACGGGGCAAGAGCAAAAAUCCAGGAGGUAAGAAACGCAAGGGAUUACUCCUUUUUAUUAUCUGAUGAUGCUCCUGCUCCUCCAAAACCUUCAUUGCCUAAAAAAGUCUCUGCUCCCAGUCCUGAUUCACUGCGAGCACAAUCUUUACCAAGGGAUAAGAACCUUUCUAGCAGUGUAAGGAGAAAUAUUUCCAGUAGUCAUGAAGUAAGAAGAUCUCUCCCUGGGGACAGACAGUUAUUGAAACCAAAAUCUGUUUCAACCAGCAAUCAAAGCCUUGCAGCAAGAGAAUAUAAGAAAGAACCUAUUAGAAGCAAUGCAAGGAGUCAUGGUCAGCCUCUGGCACAGAAAAGUCUUCCUUUGAAGUCUUCAGCAUCAGAUCUAAAGAGACCCUUGCCUAAUUUGCCAAGAUCAAAUCCUUUGAAACCACGUCCUCCCACCAUUUCAAAGCAUGCCUCGGUACAGAAAAAGCCAUCUCAAGAAUUUAGCAAGCAGAAGAUGAUUCAGAAACAACCAACUGCCACCUCCUUGAGACCUGCCCCUGCAAAGAUGCAGAAACAUGUUCUUUCUAAGCCUAAUGGGGUAGUGCAGAAACGCGUGGUUCCAUCCUCUAAACCUCAGGGGAAGCAGCCAGCUAUAAAAAAUCCAGAGCGUCGCCCAGCAAAAAGACCUACGAGAUGGGAUGAAGAAGACGAUGAUGACCCACUUUUAGAGAUGAGAAAGAUAACUCGGUAUGAUCCCAGUAAGUACCAUGAUGAUGAUGAUGAUGAUAGUAAUAUGGAGGCUACUUUUGCUGACAUUGAGAAGGAGGAAUUGAGAAGUGCCAGGAUUGCCAGAAAGGAAGACGAGGAAGAGCUCCGCAAGAUAGAAGAGGAGGAAAGGAGGGAACGAUUGAAGAGAGAAAGGAGGGAACAAUUGAAAAGAGAUGCAAAGAAACAAAAGUUGAGGUGAUGAUGAGCUAUAUAUACAUAUCUUGCCUCCCUCCUCCUCCUUCCCCGGUGGGGGGGGGGAGACGACGUCCCCCCCCCAAGGAAGGGACAUGUGCCAUGUAUAUUAGACAUGCCUCAGGGCCUGUGUAGAGGAAGGCUAAUAUGAAAUGCUGCUGAUAUGUGUAACACAAUGAUAAGUGAAACAUUUGAAGUCAGCAGUUUUUCAUAGGCCACUUUUGGGUCCGAUGCCGGAAAGUUUCUCAGUAGGGGAAAUUUAAUUUAAUUUCUUCUUUUUUUCUCCUUCAGAUCCAGAGAGGAUACUUGACCUCAUUUGUCAUUUUAGAAAAAAAAAUCAUAUUGGAGAGGUUUUGUAUAGUUUUUUUUUCCUUCUUUGCUCAGUUUGAUCGGGUCCUUAACUUUAGGGUUAAGGGCAUGUAACUGAGGAAGACUGCAAUUCUUAAAAUAAGAACAUUAUUGUUCUAUAUGUAAUUGAACACUUCUGUGAAAUUUCUGUAAGAAUUCUUCAAGACUUGGAGUUGGAAUCAUCACCUAGUGCUAGUACUCCUAGUAGUACAGAGAAAGAAUAUAUCCCAAGAAAAGAUGCUUCAAGAUGGAAAUGAAUGAUAUCCCAAUGAAAAUUAAGGGUUGGG